GGCAGGGCACGUAUUGGUUCGCGCGGACCCCGGCGGCGUGAUGCGGUACAACGAGAAAGAGUUGCAGGCGCUGUCUCGGCAGCCGGCAGAGAUGGCGGCCGAGCUGGGCAUGCGGGGCCCCAAGAAGGGGAGCGUGGCCAAGAGGCGGCUGGUGAAGCUGGUGGUGAACUUCCUCUUCUACUUCCGCCCGGACGAGGCCGAGCCCCUCGGAGCCCUGUUGCUGGAGCGCUGCAGAGUGGCCCAGGAAGAGCCCGGCGGCUUCUCCAUUAGCUUCGUGGAAGACCUCAGCAGGAAGUAUCACUUCGAAUGCGGUAGCCAAGAGCAAUGUCAGGAAUGGAUGGAGGCUCUGCGGCGGGCCAGCUACGAGUACAUGCGACAAAGCCUGGUCUUCUACAGGAAUGAGAUCAGGAAGAUGACAGGCAAGGACCCCCUGGAGCAGUUCGGCAUCUCCGAGGAGGCCAGGUUCCAGUUGAAUAGCUUGCCUAUGGAUGGGCGGACUGCUUGUAUUGGCUCCCAGCUAGAUGCGUUGGACUGACCAUCGCUGGGCCCCUGGCUACUCUGGGAGGUAUAUUUCAGAGGCUUAAAAACAUCUGUUCAAAGCCAGAGGUCCAGAGAGGUGGGCAGGCGCUGUGGUCCCCACCCCCCAUGCCAUCUCCCUUCAAGUGACAUCCAGGGGCUGAGCCUGGCACAGCUCCCAUGUCCAUUUUCAGAUGAAUGUAUAAUGCUAGGUAAAGCUGUGAAUGGUGAGGGUUCCCCUCAGCCAGCUGUGAACCCCACUCCUGCUGAUACGCUAGAGCAGGCCACGGUGCUGGCCUUCAGUGCCGAGCCUGCUCUUUAAUAAAGGUACCUCUUUUCCAA